CUUGGGAUCUGCUAUAUACAUGAUCUUCAAACAUCUGAUAAGGAUUUUCGACGUCACUCCAUUUCAGAAGAGCUGCGAUCUGGCACUGGAAGGCGCAACGUGAAUUUUUUCCAUAAAGGUCGGAUCGUUCCGGGGAAGCCCAUCAGUUCAUUCAAGAAACAACAAAUCGUUUUCACUCGAUUGGGGAAAUUGGUUUCUUUUCUUGACCUUCCCCCGGAAUGUCCUCCGGUUUCGGUGCAUCCGCCCGUUCACACUCAAAAAUGUUUUGAAGAUAAAGAAACUCAAACCUUUCCACCAUCGCCUCUGUCUUUUUCUUUAGUUUCCACCCAGACGGAACCAGUUGAAGCAUCAGUGACCUUAAACAAGGAAUCGAAUACAGACCAUCCGUUAAUGAAUAAUCAGAGAUUAAUAGUUCCGGACAAAGCCCCUUCUAUCGACAGUGUACUGAAAUCACUCGACGCGCAAUUACGGGAUGAAAACAUUUUGGUGGGAGAACCGGAUGAAUACAGCGAAGAUUUGUUCAUGUCUGCUGAGCCAUUCAAAAGAGCCAGAGUUUUGUCUUCGAGUGACAGUGAUGAUGAUAAGAUGGAAACCAAGAGGAAGAAGCCCUGCCCUUCCGUGAAAUCCGUCGAUACAGACGGUCCGAUUUCUUCGAUGUCUCAUUCUGCGGAUGGAGCAACUACUGCGAACGUACCCCAGCGACUAUUCCCACAACAAGCGAGUGCGGAUUUAGCUAGCAAAACUGUUGUGAUGGAGAGCGAUCCAGAUGAGGAUGACGUUCUGGUAGCGACCCCACCACACCCACCUACUCCAAAGCCUGUACCAUGCAAAAAAAAAGUUCUUACAUGUUCCGGGCUUCCGCGUCCGCAGGUGAAGAUGGUAGAAGAUUGGGCUCGGCGCGUAGGGGCUGAAAUUUCCUUGACGUACAGUUCGGCCGUGACCCACAUCAUCGUUCAGGUGGACGAAGAAAACUGUGCUCAGCGCACCCUGAAGUUCUUUUACGGAGUCGCCAGCGGCAAGUGGAUCGUUGGAAUCGAUUGGAUUCAUCAGUGCAUUCGUGAAACCAGAUUGAUCGACGAAGAACCGCGAAUGAGCACUAUUGUGUCUACCCCUCACACACUUAUUUGUCAGUUGAAUGUCUUCGCGUAA